UUUAAAGGAUUUGGCAUGGGCAAUGCUAUACACAACCCCUACGCGAAGCCCGUCGAGAAGGCAUCACUGUCAACUUUUGACACCUUCCAUUUUGUGGUGAAGAGUGUCCUUGGCUUUGGAACUUUUUACUUGCCCAUUGCAUUUGUCUAUACUGGCUAUGUUGGUGGCUUAUUCUGUACAAUUCUAUUUACAAUUCUAUACAUCUAUGGCAUACACCUUAUGCUACAAUGCAUGGUUCAGGCCAGAGCCCGUAACGGGAACAAUAAUAUGACAAUGUCAGAGACAGUUGCCUAUGCAUUCAAUGAGGGUUCAAAAUGUUGUCGUCCUUGCUCUAAAAUAUUUGGUUAUCUUGUGAAUAUUCUGCUAAUUGUUGUUCACUUUUCUAUCGGCGUUUUGUACAUCGUUUUUAGUGCUCAAAAUUUGAAGUCAGUUGCAAAUUCUUUUUGGGACAACUUGGAUAUUCGAGUCUUUAUUGCGAUCGUAAUCGUUUGCAUCGUUCCUCUCUUCCUUAUACGGGAUGUUUGUUAUCUGUCACCGCUUAACAUUACUGGAAAUAUUUUAAUUUUAUAUAUCAUCGUAUACUAUAUAUAUAAUCAGUUGAUAUCCUCUUUACUGCAAGGUUCUCCAGUUUCUGAUUCGAGUGACGCUACUACAAUUGUGAAUUCUGAUAUACAUUUGUACAUAGGUUUUGUUAUGUUUUCCUUAAGCUCGGUGGGCGUGAUGGUAGCCAUUGAAUCAAAGAUGGCUAAUCCAGAAGCAUAUUUGGGAUGGUGGGGAACUUUAAAUCGUGCUACCUGCUUGACACUAAUUGCAAAUCUCAUAUGGGGGUUGUUUAUGUAUUAUCAAAUGGGCGAUGCCAUUUAUAGGCCUUUUCUGGAAAAUAUGCCAUGGAACAUUGAUGGUGAUACAAUUAAGAUUAGCGCUGCUGUUGUAGUUAUUCUUACCUAUCCUUUGAACGGCUUCGUACCCAUCGACAUUAUUUUCAAUCAAUAUAUAACAACAAGUCGCGAUAUCAAAAAUCCUGUCCGCGUCGAAAUGAUAGUGCGCAUUAUCUUUCUCGUUCUGACUGCGAUCUGUGCCCUUGCAUUUCCAAUGAUGGUCCCAGUUGUGAAGAUGAUCUGUGCGAUUGCCUUACCUCUACUCAAUCUAAUAUUUCCCGCAUGUACUAAACUCUCUUUGGGAUAUGAGUCUGGUAAAAAGUGGAUCUGGAUUUUGUUGCACAUUUUGAUUAUAAUCCUAGGAACACUCGUAUUACUGUGUGGUGUGUAUUGUGCGUGUUAUGAAAUUACCAUCUACUAUCUCGGGAAGCCAAUUAAGAAACCGUUUUUUGACAAUGCAUACGAUGAUGUCUUAUCUUAAUCCAAAUUUGUACAAAUUUAUAUAAUCCGAUACUCUUCUUACUUUGAAUGCAAAAUUAAAGAAA